AUGUCGUACGCUAUUGCUGCCGCUAAUGGAUCCUCUAAGGAAGCCACCGAGAUAGAACUAUCCACUGAACUUGCUAAGACUGCCAUUGCUGAUUCUCCAGUCGAAUCAGCUGGUGACGAGGACAAAACACCAUCACCCAAAUCAGAGAAGAAUAGCAAACCAAAGGACAAGUCCACCAAACAAGACGAUGCAGAAUUGGAGGCCGAAAAGAUUAAAAAGAGCUUGGCUCCAGCCCCCGUUCCUGUGGUGAAUGCUUGGGGUAGUAGUAUACCGUCCGCAGCUAUUGAUGAAAUAGUCAAAACCAAGGAUGACAUUUUAACCGCCGCCUCACGAGAGAAUUCAAAGAGCUCCUCCAAGCCUGCGGCAGCCAAACAGGGUAAAGAGAAAUGGGUCCCAUUCAAAGCUGCUGUAGUUCUUCCAGCUGCUCCCAAACCAGUUUCUUCGAAGUCCCAGAAGAAAAAUAAGAAGAAGGUGAAGGACCAGUCGAACAAGCAGAAUAGGAAGAAAACACCUAUUAAGCAGCAGCAGCAUCAACAGCAAGCACAAAUUAAGGGUUCAGACGAAAAUAACAAGAAGCUGGACAAGAAACAACCUAACGGUACCAGCACAGAGUCAGCUGUCGCUCCAAUCGCCACUCCUCUAGAGUUUAAUGAACAGCAAACUGCUACCGCUAAAGCCGUCCCCCCUCAGGUACCACAACAGGACAAUUUGGAUCAAGUCGAGCAGCCUAUAUCUACUUCAGACGACCACCAGCAUGAGCAGUCCCAACAGAACCUGCACGCUCACCACAACCACCAAAAUAACCACAAACCUUACAGACAGUUCAACAAUGGAUACCGCAAAUACCAGGGUCGCCAACAAUACAACAACAACAAUGGUGUAUUCAUCCCAUUCAACAAUAGGCAACAGCACCCACAAGGAUUUCACGGUUUCAUUCCAGCAUAUUCUCCAAAUGCUUUCCAUCCAAGACCUUUCCAGCCUAUAUAUCCACAGCAGGCCGCCGCAUUUGCUGCACAAGAUCCCCUCCCUAGCUUAACUUAUCAGCUAGAUUACUAUUUCUCAUUAGAAAACUUGGUCAAGGAUAUAUAUUUGAGGAAACAAAUGAACUCUCAAGGUUUCAUCCCAUUGACUGUGAUCUUCAACUUUUUCCGGGUCAACGCUCUAAGUUCUGGCAACUAUCAUUUAGUUGUGGAUGCCUUGAAGUACUGUAUGAACAUUGAGUCUCGUGGUUCGGACAAUGGAAUUAAGAUCAGGGCCCUCAAUGAUUGGGAAAAGUGGGUUUUACCCUUUUCCCAAAGAGAAGAGUCUGGUAAGGAUGAAUCUGUUCCUGAACCAGUUUCCGAAAUCAUUCAAACGGAGGUUGAGGCUUCUACUUCAACAUGA